AUGAAGGUGUUUUGGCUUUUGGAGCGUCUGUUUUUCUCAGUCUUUGGUGUAUUGAUCUACAAGUAUUGCCUGGGCAUGAUUAUCAAUCAGAUAGCGCCAAGCAGCCAGAGCCGAGCACCCAGCGCUGAGCACCCAGAGCAGAGCACCCAGAGCAGAGCGCCCAGCGCCGAGCAGCCAGAGCCGAGCUCCCAGAGCAGAGCGCCCAGCGCCGAGCAGCCAGAGCCGAGCUCCCAGAGCAGAGCGCCCAGCGCCGAGCAGCCAGAGCCGAGCACCCAGCGCCGAGCACCCAGAGCAGAGCGCCCAGCGCCAAGCAGCCAGAGCCGAGCGCCCAGCGCCGAGCAGCCAGCGCCGAGCACCCAGAGCAGAGCGCCCAGCGCCGAGCAGCCAGGGCCGAGCACCCAGCGCCGAGCACCCAGAGCAGAGCGCCCAGCGCCGAGCAGCCAGGGCCGAGCACCCAGAGCAGAGCGCCCAGCGCCGAGCAGCCAGGGCCGAGCAGCCAGCGCCGAGCACCCAGAGCAGAGCGCCCAGCGCCGAGCAGCCAGGGCCGAGCGCCCAGAGCAGAGCGCCCAGCGCCGAGCAGCCAGGGCCGAGUGCCCAGAGCAGAGCGCCCAGCGCCGAGCAGCCAGGGCCGAGCACCCAGAGCAGAGCGCCCAGCACCGAGCAGCCAGGGCUGAGCACCCAGAGCAGAGCGCCCAGCGCCGAGCAGCCAGGGCCGAGUGCCCAGAGCAGAGCGCCCAGCGCCGAGCAGCCAGGGCCGAGCGCCCAGAGCAGAGCGCCCAGCGCCGAGCAGCCAGGGCCGAGCGCCCAGCGCCGAGCACCCAGAGCAGAGCGCCCAGCGCCAAGCAGCCAGAGCCAAGCGCCCAGAGCAGAGCGCCCAGCGCCGAGCAGCCAGGGCCGAGCACCCAGAGCAGAGCGCCCAGCGCCGAGCAGCCAGGGCCGAGCGCCCAGCGCCGAGCACCCAGAGCAGAGCGCCCAGCGCCAAGCAGCCAGAGCCAAGCGCCCAGAGCAGAGCGCCCAGCGCCGAGCAGCCAGGGCCGAGCACCCAGAGCAGAGCGCCCAGCGCUGAGCAGCCAGGGCAGAGCACCCAGAGCAGAGCGCCCAGCGCCGAGCAGCCAGAGCCGAGCGCCCAGCGCCGAGCACCCAGAGCAGAGCACUCAGUGCCGAGCAGCCAGGGCCGAGCGCCCAGAGCAGAGCGCCCAGCGCCGAGCAGCCAGGGCCGAGUGCCCAGAGCAGAGCGCCCAGCGCCGAGCAGCCAGGGCCGAGCGCCCAGAGCAGAGCGCCCAGCACCGAGCAGCCAGGGCUGAGCACCCAGAGCAGAGCGCCCAGCGCCGAGCAGCCAGGGCCGAGUGCCCAGAGCAGAGCGCCCAGCGCCGAGCAGCCAGGGCCGAGCGCCCAGAGCAGAGCGCCCAGCGCCGAGCAGCCAGGGCCGAGCGCCCAGCGCCGAGCACCCAGAGCAGAGCGCCCAGCGCCAAGCAGCCAGGGCCGAGCACCCAGAGCAGAGCGCCCAGCGCCGAGCAGCCAGGGCCGAGCGCCCAGCGCCGAGCACCCAGAGCAGAGCGCCCAGCGCCAAGCAGCCAGAGCCAAGCGCCCAGAGCAGAGCGCCCAGCGCCGAGCAGCCAGGGCCGAGCACCCAGAGCAGAGCGCCCAGCGCUGAGCAGCCAGGGCCGAGCACCCAGAGCAGAGUGCCCAGCGCCGAGCAGCCAGAGCCGAGCGCCCUGCGCCGAGCACCCAGAGCAGAGCACCCAGUGCCGAGCAGCCAGGGCCGAGCACCCAGAGCAGAGCGCCCAGCGCCGAGCAGCCAGGGCCGAGCGCCCAGCGCCGAGCACCCAGAGCAGAGCGCCCAGCGCCAAGCAGCCAGAGCCAAGCGCCCAGAGCAGAGCGCCCAGCGCCGAGCAGCCAGGGCCGAGCACCCAGAGCAGAGCGCCCAGCGCUGAGCAGCCAGGGCCGAGCACCCAGAGCAGAGUGCCCAGCGCCGAGCAGCCAGAGCCGAGCGCUCAGCGCCGAGCACCCAGAGCAGAGCACCCAGUGCCGAGCAGCCAGGGCCGAGCGCCCAGCGCCGAGCACCCAGAGCAGAGCGCCCAGCGCUGA